GUGGGGGAGGUGGCGAUGGCGAUGGCGAUGGGGGUGGCGGGGAAGGAGAAGGCGGGGAUGGAUGCGGGGAAGUACGUGAGGUACACGCCGGAGCAGGUGGAGGCGCUCGAGAGGGUCUACAACGAGUGCCCUAAGCCGAGCUCCAUGCGGCGACAGCAGCUCAUACGGGAGUGCCCCAUCCUCUCCAACAUCGAGCCCAAGCAGAUCAAAGUAUGGUUCCAGAAUCGCAGAUGCCGCGAAAAGCAGAGAAAGGAAGCCUCUCGACUACAAACAGUCAAUCGGAAGCUAACAGCCAUGAAUAAGCUGUUGAUGGAGGAAAAUGACCGACUGCAGAAGCAGGUGUCUCAGCUUGUUUAUGAGAAUGGCUAUAUGCACCAGCAAAUUCACACUGCAUCUGUGGCAAAUACAGACACAAGCUGUGAGUCUGUAGUGACAAGUGGUCAGCACCACCAUCAACAAUGUAAUCCAACAUCUCAGCAUCCGCCUAGGGAUGCAAACGACCCAGCUGGUCUACUCGCAAUCGCUGAGGAGACCUUGGCAGAGUUCCUAUCAAAAGCUACAGGAACUGCUGUUGAUUGGGUGCAGAUGGUUGGGAUGAAGCCUGGUCCGGAUUCUCUUGGAAUCGUUGCUGUUUCCCACAAUUCCAGUGGGGUAGCAGCACGAGUCUGCGGCCUUGUUAGUCUAGAACCAACAAAGGUCGCGGAGAUAAUCAAAGAUCGCCCAUCUUGGUAUCGUGACUGCCGUUGCCUUGAUGUGCUGAGUGUUAUUCCUACCGGUAACGGGGGAAACAUUGAACUUAUUUAUAUGCAGACUUAUGCACCUACUACGCUAGCAGUGGCACGUGACUUUUGGACGCUUAGAUACACUACUGGUCUGGAAGAUGGCAGUCUUGUGAUCUGUGAGAGAUCAUUGACUCCAACAACUGGUGGUCCAACUGGGCCUCCCCCUCAGAAUUUUGUGAGAGCCGAUAUGUUUCCUAGUGGAUGCCUAAUUCGACCGUGUGAUGGUGGUGGCUCUAUGAUUCAUAUUGUGGAUCAUGUUGAUUUGGAGGCUUGGAGUGUUCCCGAGGUUCUUAGACCCCUUUAUGAGUCCCCGAAGAUUCUUGCACAGAAAAUGACUCUUGGUGCAUUGCGCCACAUUCGACAAAUAGCUCAAGAAUCAAGUGGUGAAGUUUCUUAUGUUGGCGGCCGGCAACCUGCAGUUUUAAGGACAUUCAGCCACAGACUCUGCAGAGGCUUCAAUGAUGCUGUGAAUGGAUUCACUGAAGAUGGAUGGUCAUUGAUGAGUAAUGAUGGUGUUGAUGAUGUUGCUAUUGCGAUCAACUCAUCACCAAACAAGCUUCUUGGAUCUUCUGCAUUCUUUUGUGCUGUUGGAGGAGUUUUAUGUGUAAAGGCAUCAAUGUUGCUGCAGAACGUACCUCCUGCCUUACUUGUCCGGUUUCUACGGGAGCACCGCUCUGAGUGGGCCGACUGCGGUGUUGAUGCUUAUUCUGCUGCUUCUUUGAGAGCUAGCCCAUUUGCUGUUCCUGGUUUGAGGGCUUAUAAUGGGUUUAUGGGCAGUCAGGUCAUUCUACCUCUUGCUCAUACUUUGGAACAUGAAGAGUUCCUGGAGGUUAUUAGGCUUGAAGGCCCUGGUUUUAAUCAGGAUGAAAUUAUGCCAAGGGACAUGUAUUUGCUUCAGCUUUGCAGUGGAGUUGAUGAGAUAGGUGCUUGUGCACAGCUUGUAUUUGCACCUAUUGAUGAAUCUUUUGCUGAUGAUGUGCCUCUGCUGGCUUCUGGUUUCCGUGUGAUCCCGUUGGACGCUAAGACAGAUGGGCCAGGCACCACUCGAACGCUCGACCUGGCUUCCACACUUGAGGUUGGAUCUGGUGUUGGUUCAAGGCCUAAAAGCAAUCCUUCUAAUUCAUACAAUCAAAGAUCGGUUCUGACCAUUGCAUUCCAGUUCAUGUAUGAGAACCACCUUCGAGAAAAUGUUGCGACAAUGGCGAGACAGUAUGUGAGAAGCGUAAUGGCCUCUAUACAGAGAGUAGCUAUGGCAAUAGCCCCUUCACGUCUAGGGCCUCAGAUCGGUGCGAAGAAUCUGCCAGGCUCUCCUGAAGCUCACACUCUUGCGAGGUGGAUUUCAAGGAGCUAUAGGUUUCACACUGGAGUGGAGCUCUUUCCCGCCGAUUCCCCAGAAGAUGAUUCUCUGCUGAAACUCCUGUGGCACCAUUCUGAUGCUAUCAUGUGCUGUUCUUUGAAGGCUUCUCCUGUUUUCACCUUCACGAACCAAGCUGGUCUUGACAUGCUGGAAACUACGUUAGUAGCUCUUCAAGAUAUAAGACUUGAGAAAAUUCUUGAUGAUGGUGGUCGGAAGGUGCUGUGCUCCGAAUUCGACAAGAUCAUGCAACAGGGUUUUGCUUAUCUACCCGCCGGCAUAUGCAUGUCGAGCAUGGGUCGACCGGUUUCGUACGAGCAGGCAGUGGCAUGGAAAGUUCUCGACGAAGAUGAUUUGCCGCAUUGUCUGGGCUUAAUGUUCCUGAACUGGUCCUUUGUUUGAGAUAUUCGUUGUUUCAAGCAUCUAAGAAAACUACGCAGUUCAUUUUGUCAGGGUUUAUCAGUACUCCUGUGAAUUUAGGAGCUUAUUGUAUGGAACUGUUGUGCUGAGUUAUGUUGUUGUUCUUUUGUUCUCAGUUUUUUAAGUUAAAUUACUGUUUUUUUCGAGUAAAACAUGGAGGAUAGGGGUAUAUUAGCACUGGGAUAUGCUUUAGUCCACCCAAUCGAACUGUUUGUUCUAGGAAUGAGCUUUUCGAUGAAGCACUUGUAGCCUUUUAACCAAAAACGUUAUGAAUGGCUUAUGAGGUGUGGCCAAAAAUUUCUGGUAA